GGCAGGAGGAAGGCAGUGUAGGGGACGGCCACUGCCGCGCCGCGUGGCUGCUCUGUGCUGUGGGGCAGUGCGGUCUCAGCCUCAGCCUCAGCCUCAGCCCCGCAAUGGCUCACAUCUCCUCUCCUCUGCACCGGGUCGGCGCUCUCCUCCGCCAUCUGCACCUCUCAGCCCACAGGAGCGAGGCUGUGAUUAUCUCAGGCAGGAAGCUAGCCAAGCAGAUCCGAGGUGAAGCCAAGGUGGACGUGGAGCGGUGGGUAGCGGCCGGGAACAGGAGACCCCACCUCAGUGUCAUCCUGGUGGGAGACAACCCGGCCAGCCAUUCCUACGUCAGGAACAAAACCAAAGCUGCUGCAGAUGUAGGUAUCACCAGUGAGACCAUUCUGAAGCCGGGCAGCGUCACCGAGCAGGAGCUGUUGGGGCUGAUCGACAAACUGAACAAUGAUCAGAAGGUGGACGGGUUAUUGGUGCAGCUCCCUCUGCCAGAGCACCUCAAUGAACGCAAGAUCUGCAACGCGGUGUCUCCCGGCAAAGACGUAGACGGUUUUCACGUGAUCAAUGUGGGCCGCAUGUGCCUGGACCAGAAUGCCAUGCUACCCGCCACGCCCUGUGGAGUGUGGGAGAUCAUCCAACGCACAGGAAUCCCGACCCUGGGGAAGAAUGUGGUGGUGGCCGGACGGUCAAAGAAUGUAGGGAUGCCCAUCGCAAUGCUACUGCACACGGAUGGCAGACAUGAGAGGCCGGGAGGUGACGCCACAGUGACCAUCUCACACCGCUACACACCCAAAGAGCAGCUAAGAGAACACACCAAGUUGGCCGACAUCAUCGUGGCUGCGGCAGGGAUUCCCAACCUGAUCACAGCCGACAUGGUCAAGGAAGGAGCUGCCGUCAUCGAUGUCGGCAUCAACCGUGUGGAGGACCCGGUCACCGGGAAAGCCAAGCUGGUGGGAGACGUGGACUUUGAGGAGGUGAGGAAGAAAGCGAGUUACAUCACGCCGGUGCCGGGGGGAGUGGGGCCGAUGACCGUGGCCAUGCUGAUGAAGAACACCAUCAUCGCGGCCAAGAGACUGCUGACCGGCCGGACAGACUGACCACCCCCCCCACACUGGGGGCGGGGGGCAUACAGACUGAGCCCCUACACUCCUGGACAGGCGGAGCCUCUCCUCCCACACGGACUGACUAGUUUUUCUGUAACUGAUUCCACUCCAGAAAAACGCUGCUAUUUAUUAACUUGAAGGUCGUGUAAAUCACUGACAGUGGCAUACUGCCCCUCACCCCCCGGUCCUCACUUCACACGGGGGUUAUUGUUGGGGGGGCUGAGGGGUGGGGGGGGGUAAUGUAUGGCUGAGUGACCGGUACGUGAUGAGAGGGAUUGUUACAUUGAUGUUACGUUGGCUGCCAAAUGAGAUUGACGUGAAAGUUAUUUUCUAUUGUGCGGAUCAGGAGGACCUGAGCAACAGGUGUGCGAGUGUGUGUGUGUGUGUGUGCGGGGGUGGGGGGCACUUGUGUACGUGUGUGCAUGCAUUCGCGUGUGUGCGCGCGUGUUUAUUUGUGUGUGCUUAGCUCGCCUGUUACGAGAUGUCAGAAAUAAAUCCAGAAACAAACCGAA